UUCGUGGAAAUUGGUUGUUUUUUCGCGCACCAUCUUAAGACUUUCUGGGGAAAGCGGGAAACUCCGGAAAACUCAUCCUUCUUUUUACUCUAACUGUAACCACCCCUAGCGGCGCAGCCAAAAAUGUUUGCUUAUCGCGAUAUUUGCGCGUCAUCGUUUGAAUUGUCCCAUCACUAACAGCAACAAAUAUCAACAAUGAGCCGGCCAAACAAAUUGUUCGGCGACAAAGCCUUCGAGCUGCUGAAGGAAUUGGAAAGAUCUUCGCAAACCAUUCCCGCCUUCGACGACGACGGCGUGCGCCAGGUGCUCGAGGAGAUCAAGGCCAUCUUCGAGGAGAACGUGGCGCAAGCCUCCACUUACAACGCCUCGGGGGAUCGGAGUCUGUGGCCACUGCUAAACUACAGGCACGCGGCCCUGCAGCGAAACAAGCGGUGUCUGCUGGCCUACCUCUACGAGCGCGCCAAGCGUAUCAAGGCCUUGCGCUGGGAGUUUGGCCCCAUUAUUCCCGGAGACAUCAAGCAGGCCCUGUGCGAGCCGGAGGUGCAGUUCUUUAACAACUACUCCAAGUCCCUGGCGGCGUACAUGUGCAGCGCCGGCUACAGUCAAGGACAGGGCAUUGAUCUGACCAACCACCUGCGUCCUCCCAAGUCCCUGUACAUAGAAGUGCGCUGCAUGGAGGACUACGGAAAAUUCGAGCUGGAGGACGGAGAGGUGAUACACCUGAAGAAAAACAGCCAGCAUUACUUGCCACGAGCACAGGUGGAGUCCCUUGUGCGACAGGGCAUUCUGCAGCACCUAGCUUAGAAUAUCGAUAUAUUACUGGCGCAACAUCGAUACUGAAUAAUCGAUUGGCUGGCAAACAGCU